GUACUUUUUUUUUCAUAAAUAAAAUCCAAGUCCAACAAACACUGUGCUUUGUUAUGUCGUUUCAUCAAACAAGUUUAUUUGUAAUUUGUUAAGUUAGUGAAUAAGAAAAAUGGCAGACUUUGACGCGAUAUAUCUUGACGAAACUGAAAGUGAGGAGAAUAUAGAAGAGACACAUGUAACGUUAGUGCCUGAUCCUAUCGUCGUGCGUGGAGCUGGUAACAUGACAGUUUUUGGUUUAAGUAACCGCUUCAACAAUGAGUUCCCUUCCGGACUUCAAUCCCGAGUGGCACCUGAGGAAUACCAAGCGACGGUGGCUCGUAUCAACAGUGUACUGAAGAAAACAUUGCCUGUUAACGUGAAGUGGUUAUUCUGCGGAUGUGUUUGCUGCUGCUGCACACUUGGAUGCUCUCUUUGGCCGGUUAUAUGUCUAAGUAAAAGAACGCAACAUUCACUUAAUAAGCUGUUGGAAUGGGAGAACAGUCGGCUGUACAACAAACUGGGCCUGCGCUGGCGACUCACCAAGCAGCACUGCGACUCAUCUUCCAUGAUGGAGUAUGUACUUCUUAUAGAAUUUAUACCCAAAAUACCCAUAUACAGGCCAGACUAGGCGCUACAACCAUUCACGUUUGUAAAUACAUUUAUACCUAAAAAAAAAUUUACAUGACUAACUCUAAUUAAAAAACAAGCCGAAUGUACCAUGUACAAUUUAUUUUUAAGCGAAUCUUUGUAAUUGGCAUUGUCACUCAUCAAGCCACUUUAUAUCGUAUUGAGCAAGUAGGUGAUGUUAAAAGCUUUUUGUGUAUAGAUGUCACUUAAAUUGCAAGCUGUUAAGUGUUAAGUCUUUUUAAGCAUUUGCAUUACACCUUAUUGUUGAAAUGCAGUUAACGUAGUCAUUCUAAAUUUAAAAGUGCGACAGGCAUCUUUUGUUACGUUGGUGACAUUGACAGUUAGAAUUAGUGUUGCCAGAGUAUAAAAUAUAAUUCCAAAGUGGAGAAACUAUGUGUGAAGUUUUGUAAUUUUUAGCAUAUCAUUGGUGUAAAUUAGAAUUUAAACAAACAGCAAUAAUAAGACUAUAAGUUUAGGCAUAUCAAAGUGAACUUGAGCCAACUUAUCAACUACUAUAAAUAAUUUAUAAUUUGGCGUCUAAAAACACCUGGCAGUUACUUUUGCUGUCAAAAGUGACAAUUUACAAUAUAGCGAAAUAAACGCUGUAAUUGGCCGCGUGCCAAAAGUUUCUUGUCGCACUAAAAAGAGGCUGAUAAAAUACGAAGCGGAAAUUCAGUAUUUUUAAAGUUUAUGUUGCAAGCGCAAAAACAUAUUUAUGAUCUUUCAAUCUCCUCUGUUAAAACAUUGCUUCAGAUGUCAUGAUCUGAUAGUUUAUGUUAUAGUGCGGAAUAAGAAAAUCCAUUAUUAUUAAAAAAACUUAUAAUCAAGCCUCAACCGAGCAGGUUGAGUUUUAAUAAUAUCGCGCACAUCAAUAAUAAAGCGUAGAGAUCUUAUUAUUUGCCCUAAAAUUAAGUAUAGAUUAUACAAACUCGUUUUUUUACUAACGAACAUUUUUUUUUUUAAUCCAAAAAGAUAUGUUUUGUUAAUAUACUUAUGUAUUUUUUAUAACAAGUACCUGAACGACGACUUUAGUUUCGAUAUAAGAUUUUCAGUUUAUGUAACAUGCUUGUUCUGUGAAUUUAAUUUAGGGAAAAAAUUUGGGACUGUGUUACUAGGAAAAUAAUUUUUGUAGUAAAGCAACCGAGAAUAUAAAAAUCCUAGCUUGAUGACGCUUCAAUUGCCUUUGACACAUAUUAAUACGCCUUUUAAUGUGCAAUUAGUCCUAUCUUUUUCCGCAAAAUGGCGAGGGUUUUUAUAUUCCCGGUCAAGCUUCUAUAUUUAGUGAAAGUUCGCCCUCUUUUCUCUUUUCAACAUGUUGUGAAGGAUUUCAGUGGGUAGACGUUGUCACUGCAAUAUGUAUAAUAAAAAACAAUCUCGAGGUUUCUUUUAAAAAAAAAUAACUUAAUGAUGUAACAGCAUUGGAGUUGUCUUGCCACCGCCUUCUCUGCCGAGGACAACGGUUGAAAAGUGAACAGGGUAUGUUGACAUUAAGUUGUAAUCUAAGCUAAAUUGUAAAUAUUUUAAUUACAUUAUAAUAUAGAAUAUUUUUGUUCAAAUAAUAAAAUUCACUAUGUGAUGAA